UCCGUUCCGUCCGCCCUGUUCCAUCGUGUUCCUUACGGUUCCAUUCCAUCCUGUAUUUAUGAUAAGCCAUACGACUGGGAACGAGCAUGUUACGUCAAAAAGUAUAAAGGUUCGAUGGACCAGCAACCAUUCAGUUAGAACAAGAAAUUUUAGACGAUAAUUUAUUAGUGAUCUUUGUAAAGCAGCAGCAUGGCUUCUGAGGAAUCUAAUGACGCACAUAUUAGCACAGAUCAAGGACAAAGUCCCUCAAACUCACGCUCCCCCGACGAACCUGAGCUGCCCUCGGUUCAAUUUACCAACGACACUGCGAAACAAAACAAACCGGUUGAGUUGAUUAACAUUGAACCCGUUGUUGAUGGCAGAACUAGUGAAGGAAAUCAUAGCGGAAAUGACCCCGAUGAAGAACCCUCAAGGAAAACAGGGCUUUCCAAGUACAACUGGAAAAAUUUCUUGCCCUUCGCACGAAGGAAUCCUUCUAAACCUGCAAUUGACGAAGCAGGGUUUUUGUCACUGAUGUUUUUGACCUGGGCGACUCCAGUCAUCCGUAAAGGAUUUAAAGGAUCUUUAGAGUUGGAAGAUUUCGAUAAAAUUUCCCCAUAUGAAUCUGCAGAAGUCAAUUUUAAGCGAGGAAUAAGAUUGUGGAAUGAAGAAGUAAAAGAAAGAGGACUUGAUAAUGCAAGCAUUGUCAGAGUUGUUGGAAGAGGAGUGAAAACAAGAAUCUUUUUUGGCAUUUUUUUUCUAAUUUCAUCCCAGCUUAUCAGCUUCCUUGGCCCAGCAAUCUUUGUGCGUAACAUUCUGGAAUAUAUAGAAGAAAAGGAUUCAUCUUCAAGACUGGAAGGAAUUGGUUGGGUUAUUGGGCUGCUAUUGGCAGAAGUAGGGAGGAGUGUGUUCUUGUCAAUGUCAUUUUUCACAAAUACUCGCACUGGAACCAGGGCUAGAGCUAUGAUUCUAACAAUGGUUUAUAACAAGGUUUCAAGACUAAGGAAUGUGGGAGACAGGUCCAUUGGAGAGUUUGUGAACUUAUGUGCAUCUGAUGCAGACAGAGUCUAUCAAGGUGUAGCUCUAUGCAGCUUUGUUUUUGGUUUUCCAGUUGUCAUCACAUGUACAAUCAUUUACACAGUUAUUUAUAUUGGCCCAUCGGCUUUGAUAGGAUGUGGGAUAUUUCUUCUAUUUUUUCCUAUCCAGGCUGUUAUUGGUAAACUUCAAGGAAAAUUUCGCACCAAAGUAGUUAAAGUGUCAGAUCAGAGGGUCCGAAUGAUGAAUGAAAUAUUGAACUGUAUCAAACUUAUCAAGAUGUAUGCUUGGGAGAAGUCAUUUGCUAAAGCAAUAAGUGGUAUUCGUCAUCAGGAGAGAAAGCACCUCAUGAAGAGUGCUUUUCUCCAAGGGUUAAACAUCUCCAUGGCAUUAAUUGUCCCAACUAUUGCCACUGUAGCAACAUUCAGUGUACAUGUUGCUACUGGCAAGAAUCUCACUACUUCACAAGCAUUCACGGUGACGACGCUCUUCAAUGUUUUGGUGUUUUCUUUGGCCAUUUUACCAUUUGGGAUAAGAUCUCUGGCUGAAGGGAGGAUUGCACUGAAAAGACUUCGGAGUUUGAUGGUAAUGGAAGAACUUCAGCCUUUUGUUGAAAGACCAGCCGACCCUCAAGUGUCUCUCUCAAUAUCAGGAGCUACCUUUGCCUGGGACAAGGUGCACUCUAAUGAGGUUAAGGAACAGAACGGAGAAGGUGCUGAAAAAGCCGGACAGGAUGGUUUGAAGCUUCUUGAGGAAGGGCGUGACAAUACUACAAAGAAAGGGUCUAAACAGGGUGGGCCCCGUGGGCGUGGCCCUGUUGAAGUGCGAACCACACUGGAGUCAACAUUGUUUGACAUCGAUCUCACUGUCAACAAGAAAACCUUGAUUGGUGUUUGUGGAAGCGUGGGGAGUGGUAAAAGCUCCCUCUUGCAAGCUCUCCUUGGCCAGAUGAGGAUUCAGAAGGGGAAUGUUACCAUUGGUGGAUCCAUUGCGUACGUCGCUCAACAGGCUUGGAUUAUGAACGCCACAGUAAAGGAGAACAUUUUAUUGGGAAAACCUUACAAUGAUUCAAGAUAUAAAACUGCCCGUUUUGCCUGUAGUUUGGAGCAGGACCUUAAAAUAUUACCCAAUGGUGAUGAAACGGAGAUUGGUGAACGCGGAAUUAAUCUCAGUGGUGGACAGAAGCAGAGAAUCAGUUUAGCAAGAGCCCUGUACUAUGACAUGGAUAUAUAUUUGUUAGAUGAUCCACUGAGUGCAGUUGACGCGCAUGUUGGACAGCACAUUUUCAAGCACUGUAUUAAAGGAGCCCUUUGGAAUAAAACCAUUAUUUUUGCAACACAUCAGCUACAGUACUUGAGUCAGUGUGAUGUCGUGUUAUACAUGAAAAGUGGCAAGAUUGCUGAAAGAGGGACCUAUGAAGAACUUAUACGCAAUAAUGGGGAAUUUGCCACCUUGAUUCGCCUGUUCAUCAGAGAAGUCGAAGAGGAGCUUCUUGAAGACGAAGAGGACGCAUUUCUUCCCACUCCUGAUGCACAACAAAAACCAGACAGUCCUACCACGCCAUUAUCACCAGAUGGCAUCCGCAAACUUGUUGAAAGGACACUCUCAGUUGGUCAAAGGAAUAAUUCUACUCGAGACAGUUUCACGGAUGGCAACUUUGAGCCCUUCAAACUCAACAAUCGAAUUAGCAGACGUUCCCGUGGCAGUGCCAAACGGCGAAGUUCGAAGAAGAGUGGACUGGAGGUUGAGGCGGCUGCUAGGAGAGAGGUGGAUGAAAAGGAGAGACGUCAGCAAGCUGGCAAACUUAUUCAACAAGAAGAUCGAGCUGAAGGAGCAGUGACAUUUCAAACUUACAAGACCUACAUGAAGUCUGCUGGAGGUUAUUGUAUAUUUCUGUUCCUGAUGUUAUUUGUGACGGCUUGUCUCUGUGGACAGUUGUUUAUUGAUACAUGGCUCGGCAUCUGGCUGAAUGCAGCAUCUGAACAGAAAUUUCUUAAUAUAACUCCGGAAAAAUCCGGCAUCAUAGCCGGAAAUCCUACUAACAACUUCUACAUCAUGGUGUACACCCUUUCUGCUGUGGGAUUCUUCUUAGGAAUCUUGAUUAAAUCCUACCUGAUGGUCCACUUCACGCUCAAAUCAUCCUCACAUCUCCACGACAAAGUGUUUCACAAAGUUUGUCGCGCUCCAAUGGCAUUCUUCGACACCACACCCACUGGAAGGAUUCUGAACAGGUUCUCGAAAGAUCUUGAUGAAAUAGACAUACAUCUUCCUUUCAACGUUGACGCAUCGUCACUAAACAUUGUUCGUAUUUUUAUUUCAAUCGGCAUGAUCGCCACAGUGUUUCCAUGGUUUCUUCUGGGUCUGGCUCCCCUGGUUGUAGUUUUUAUCCUGAUUAAUGUGGUUUUUAACCGAUCGUCUCGGCAGCUCAAGCGCAUGGAUGGAAUAACUCGCUCGCCAAUCUAUUCACAUAUAACCGCCACGGUACAAGGUCUGUCCACUCUACACGCUUACAAUAAGAUGACCGAGUUCAACGCAGCUUUUAAACGCUACCUUGAUCAGAAUACAAGGCCCUUUUUCAUGUUUUUCUGCGCGCAGCGCUGGUUGGCGGUUCGUCUUGACAUGCUGACAAUCUGUAUAGUUGGCAUAGCAGGUCUGAUGGUGGUGCUUAUCAAGGGAACUCUACCUCCAGCAUUUUUAGGUCUUGUGUUGACGUACUCGCUGAGGAUGACAUCCUUGCUCCAGUUCACUGUCCGACAGGUGGCGGAAACAGAGGCGCGGUUCACAAGCGUCGAGCGAAUCAGCUAUUAUAUCCGCUCUGUGCCCAGUGAAGCUGAACUGGAAAUCCCGGAUAGGAAACCUGCACCUGAUUGGCCAAAUGGUGGAGUGAUAAAGAUGUCAGGUGUUAAGAUGCGAUAUCGCGAUGGGUUGCCUCUGGUGUUGGACGAUAUCACCUUUGAAAUCCGGACAUGUGAGAAGAUUGGCAUUGUCGGUCGAACAGGCUCUGGUAAAUCCUCCCUCGGGGUGUUACUAUGGCGAUUAGUUGAGCCUGAGCAGGGCAGCAUGCAUAUUGAUGAUGUCGACAUACGUCAAAUAGGUUUGGAAGAUCUUCGCUCCAGAAUAUCAAUCAUCCCUCAGGACCCAGUGCUAUUUGUGGGUACUGUCAGGUACAACUUGGAUCCAUUCAAAGAACACAGUGACAAUGAAAUAUGGACUGCCCUCGAGAGAGCACAUUUACGAGAAACGGUGGACAGUUUGCCUGCUCAGCUCAUGGCACCAGUCUCUGAAAAUGGCGAAAACUUCUCCGUGGGUGAACGUCAGUUGAUCUGUAUGGCGAGAGCUUUGCUGAGGAAUAGCAAGAUUCUAUUACUAGACGAAGCUACAGCUUCAAUUGAUCCUGAAACAGACUCAAAGAUUCAAGACACGAUCCGUGAGUCGUUUAAGCACUGCACUCUUCUCACGAUAGCUCAUCGCUUGCACACAGUAAUGGAUUCUGAUCGGAUUCUUGUCAUGGAUCAUGGGAAGAUUGCAGAAUUUGACACUCCAGCUGCUUUGCUUGCAAAUCCAGACUCCAGUUUCAGUAAACUAGUGCAGGCCAUGGAAAUAUCAGAAGAGGAUCAUUAUCUUGUUGAGUAAAUAUAACACCAUAGAUGGCUCAACUCACGCAUCCGGUGAAGUCAAAUCACAGUUUGACAUGAGAAGUCGAAAUCCAGAUUUCAUUUGUACAGAUACAAAUGGUGAGACUUGGGUUGUAAGAGAGACCAGAAAUGGUACUAAAAAGAACUAACUUUUUUCCAGGUGAACCGAUUAUUGCCAUGCCACAACUAAAUCACUUUGAUGAAAGAAAUACAUCGCUUUAUUACACACUUAGCUGUUAAACUCCUCAAUCUUAUUGCUCUAAAGAUAAGCUAAACAUAAAUGCGUGGUUUUCUCGUCUCUUUAUGGCGGAUUAUCUGUUAAUUUAUCAUAAGAGAAACUGAAAAACAAGACUUAUUAUGAUCUUGGCUUAUCACAUGGAUUUUUAAAGAGAUUCAUGUAAAGCAAAAUUAUACGCACAUUCAAAGCAGCGUACAUGUAUGAAUACCUUAAUAUUUUGAACAUUGGAUCAGCAGUGUAACCUCUUGUAGGUUUUAAGUCAUACUGGCCUAAACCUUCCUAGAAGUGCAUUUUUGUCAAAUCAAGGGGCUGAGGCUGUAGUGGCCCGUGUAUGACAGCGGGAACUGAGUUCCAAGAAAGGGCGAUAAUUCUUUGCACAAAGAACUUCUUCAUUGUACAAUCUAGCGAGAAAAACUGAGCAAUGCUCUUCUCUGAGGUAAUGUGAUCUCAGAUGCUCUAAGAUGAGUAAUUUAUUUAUAGCAAAGUAGUUUAGUUUAAUUUUUUAGAGAUUGUUGACCAAUGGUGUUUCAAAUGCUUUUAAAUACAUUUUUUUACCCGUUUUAUAUAUUUAUUGAUCUACUUUCACACGUAAAUAUUAUAUACAUUUGUAUUUUCAAGGAACUCGCUUAUUCAAAACGAGUGUUUUUUAUUCAAAGGGUUUGAUUGGGCAGCAUUCCAUGUCACCAUAUUUCGACCAUUUAUUUGUAACUCUUAUAAUCCUGAUUUAAACAAAAAAUUAUGCUCAUAGGGUGCUGCUUCAGACUAGAGGAAAAAUGUUGCCAUCGUACGAAAACUAGACUGACCAGUUAGAUUAUAGCAUUAUUACCAAAGGGGGGAGCGCUGAAAAUAUUUUGGUAUCACUUAUUGUAAAAAAAAACUCAAGGAAUUAAAAUGAUAUUUUGAAAAAUAGGUAGGUGCACAAUUAGAUAGAAAUUGAAGCUCUUGGUAUCAAUUCAGUCACUUAAACAAGAGAUGCGCUUGUGUAAGGUUAUUCCCAAUAUUCUGAAAUAUCCUUCGAGCUCUGUUUUUGAAGGACGUGAAGAGAGAGGAGUAAUGUAAUGUUUUCCUUCAAGAUAACCACCAUUUUUUCUCACAAAGUGGUCUGUAUGACCCAUGCAUGAAGUUUGUAAGUGAUAGGAUCUCUGAAUACAAUGGUACUACACUUUUUCACUGCCAUAGCUGCUGGGACAUGCGGGCUGGGAGAGAAGUGGAUGAAAGGGUAUGACAAACGGGGAAUUUUUCUUUUUCAUUUUCAACCUCAGUAUCUCUCGGAUGGUGUUGUUUUAAGCGAUGUUUCAACAACAAAUGUAUGACAACCAUUAAUAUCCUAGAUUUAAUUAAAUUGCUGGAAACUGAUUAACCACGAUUGUAAUAAAAUUCA